CUACUGGAUUAUGGCCUCCUUUUUCCUAUGCGACGCUGGCAUGAGUAUAAUAUCUUUGUGCUACUUUAUACCGUCUAUAUUAAUACACAGCGUUAAUUCUCGUACUGAAGCCGUACUUAACUAUUUUAUGUUAUUUUACAACAUUUUUUGGUAUACAGAAAUUGUGCACAUUGCUCUGAUGGCAUUUAACAGAUUCGUUUGCAUCGUCUAUCCAGUAUAUUAUACACCCUUCUUUUCUGCCGCUAGAACUUCACUUUUGUUAUUUUUGAGCUACGCCUUGGGAUUUGCUAUAACGCUGCCCACACUUUUUCCAACGUGCUACGUACUGUGGGAUAGCCAAUAUUACGUACCUGAAUAUGCCGUCCCAGAUACUUGGUAGUA